GUUUUUAUGCGCGAUGCCGUGUAUCUUGUAGGUAAGUAUCUACUAUAGGUAGGUAUAUAAAACGAUGGGCUCGYCGGAAUAUUGAUGUAAACGACCGAAUACGCUGGUCCGAGUUGUAUUGCCAAAAAAAUGUCGAUCAAAAGGAUUUCAGUCAUUCUGAUGGUGGCGAUGACAAUCGCUUCUAAUACGGUCCAUUGUACGCCCACAUAUGACGUUGGAACAGCAGAUACGCCCASGCCCAAUACACAGUUAUCGACGACUUUGCCCGUAUCGAAUGCACACACUUCGCUCAAUGACGAAUURUUGAAUGUCCUAAAAAACUUCCACUCGUCGUUACCGGGCUCGGAUCAGAAAACACCGACGUCGGUAUCCGAAUCAAUUWUACCGCCUUUGGUAAACGAUCGAAUAACGAUUAUGCAUUUUCCCGCGGCGUCAGAGCUCGGGCCUAACAACGGCACGACUCCAAAUCCAAUGGUUCCUGGUGUGAUCCACCAUCAGCGACCGUUCGGCCUUGACAUGCAAAUGCCUAAUCGCGGCAACAGUCAGAUUGCAGAACCACCGUCAUCGCUCACGGUAUUACAGUCACGAGGACUCGCCGGAAAUCAUUUUUCGUCUUCCGUUCCGCCAACGNAUUUAAUAUCUAACCAUAAUUUAUCAACAAGUGGAUUUUUGAUAAAGCUUUAG